AUGAGAGAAGACUACCAGGAACUAACUGAAAAAGAGGGAAAGAAAUAUGAAACAAUUUCACUGCCGGGGCGCGGCCCAGAGACAAUGGGGUGGCUGGCUUGGAACCGACUGGGAUCGGGGACAGUGGGGAGGCGGUCUGGGAACCGCCGGGGCGUGGGGACGGUGGCAGGGAAGCUGGGGAGACGGGUUGGGUACCGCCCGGGCGUGGGGAAGGUGGGGAGACGGGCUUGGAACCACCCGGGCAUGGGGAAGGUGGGGAGGCAGGCUGGGAACCACCCGGGAUCGGGGACAGUGAGGAGCCGGGCUGGGAACUGCCAGGGCACGGGGAUGUUUGGGAGGCGGGCUGGGAACCGCCAGGGUGCAGGGACAGUGGGAAGGCAGACUGUUAACCGUUUAGGCACGGGAUGGUGGGGAGGCCAGUUGGGAACCACCCGUGCACAGGGAAGGUGGCUGGGUACCGCCUGGGCACAGGGACGGUGGGGAAGCAGGCUGGAAAUGCCAGGGCGCAGAGAUGGUUGGAAGGCAGGUUGGGAACUGCUUGGGAUAGGGGACGGUGGGGAGGCGGGCUGGGAGCUGCCCGGGAUCGAGGACGGUGUGGAGGUGGGCUGGGAUCCACCAGGGUGCGGGGAGAGUUGGGAACCAGGCUGGGAACUACCAGGGUGCGGGGAUGGUGGGCAGGAGGGCUUGGAAUCUCCUGGGAUCAGGGACUGUGGGGUGGCAGGCUGGGAACCCCCCGGGAUAAGGGAUGGUGGGGAUUGGGGCUGGGAACCACCCGGGCGCAGGGACAAUGGGGAGGUGGGCUGGGAACUGCCCGGGUGCGGGACGUGGGAAGGCGGGCUGGGAACUGUUCGGGAUCAGGGAAGGUGGGGAGGCGAGAUGAGAACCGCCCGGACGUGGGGACGAAGGGGAGCCGGGCAGGGAACCACCUGGGAUUAG